AUGGCUGAUUUCCACUUCACUGAACAAAAGUUGGGCAAUGAUCUUAUCUCGUCUAUUUCUAGUCUUCUUGACUCAAUAAAUGUCCCAAACCUUCUCUGGGGCAACUAUCUACUCACUGUUUAUGGGGUUCCAACGAUUGUGGAUGUCAGUAUUGUCUCAAUUGGCCGGAGCAUCCACUAA